AUGGGAGCUACCAGAAGCGCUUGGCUGAGUGUGCUCCUCCAGUGGCUGUUCCUUUCCAUCGCGACUGGAGCCCGGUACAAUAACAAUAACAUAAACAGUAUGACUCGAAUGCAGAUGCAGGGCGGAGUCAAGCCGGAUUCUCGGGAGGAGCACAUGACGCGCCAACUGAUGGCCUCGGAUAUGAAAAAGUAUAUGAACCUGAGCGCUGAUCCCUGUAAGGACUUCUUUGAGUACGCCUGCGGUCACUGGGCAGACUAUCACAGGCGGCAACUGCGACUGGGGGAGUUGUACACCGCCCAGCAAGUCAUGGAAACCAAGAUCACGGACCAGUUGCGGCAGCUGCUCACACAACCACUGCCGCCGCAGCGUCAUCCAAACAGCUACAGCGAACCCAGUAUGGCGAAUGUGAGGAAAGCUCGAACCUUCUACGAAUCCUGUGUGGCCGUGGAGGCAAAUGCUGGCGAAAGACGCCGCUUCCUCACCAAGAUCCUUAAGGACAAUGGCGGACUCCGCAAUGUUCCAAACUCCAACUGGCAGCACAAUCGCCAUUGGGUUCAAACUCUGGCCGAUAUAAAGAGGAGAUACGGCUUGGAUAUUCUUCUGGGAUUGGAAAUCGAUCUGAACCUGCAGAACAUGCAGGGGAAUAGCAUAUACUUUGGAGAGCCCAAGUUCACCAUAAUUCCCGAGGAGCACUGCAAUGCGGUGGCCACCAAGGGUGCCCAAGUGAAGGACGAAGUCUACGAGCGGAUUCAACAGCAAGUGGCGGAGAAUCUACGGAAUUGGUUUGGCGUGGACACGGGAGAGGCAUCCCGCUUUGCCGGAGACAUUGUGCGCUUUGAAUUUGAACUCUGCAAGCGAAUGAGAGAGCAGGAUAUUCAAAUGCCCGAGGAGGAAUCCCAACCGCCCAACGGUCCUAUAUUCGGAGUUCGAUCACGAACAGGCCAGGAUCGAUUGCACCGCCAGAGGGGAGGAAUGAAUCUCAACGAACUGACCAAUGAAAUGGGCAAUGUCUUGGACUUUAGAAUGUUUGUGGAAUUAGUCUUGGAGAAUCCAUAUUCAAAUUCGGUUUACCUGCGUUCCCCGGAAUACAUAAAGCAUUUGAUACAAACAGUGAAGGUGAACAACCGAUUGACAGUUGGUGGUUACAUUAUCUACGUAGCACUCAACGAACUUAAUCAGCCUCCGGAAGAACCUCCUUCGCAGCGUGCUCGUCAGUGCGUCCAAGUCACACAACGCCUCUUUCCCCAGGUUCUGGGUGAGAUGUUCCAGCGCCAUGUGCAGCGUGACAAUGCCAAACACGACCUGGAUGCAGUUUUUCGCGAUGUCAUCAAAGCGCUCGAACAGCAGAUGCGUGUGGAAUGGUUGGACGAGAACGAUCGAAGAGCGGUCAGAACCAGACUGUCUCAGUAUCGCGUUCUGCUUCCGGAUUACCAGAGUCUGGACCUCUCUGACUUGCAGUUCCAGAAACAGGACGACUACUGGCGUCGUUUGGAGAUUGUGCUAAAAUAUCGCUCCAAGCGGCAGUUUGAAAGUUUGAACGGUAAUGAUUUUGGGCAGGACUUGCAUAGCAUCCUGGAUGCCUUCGAAGUGCGAACAGCGUUGGCUCCCCGCCAGCAGGCAGUUCUAGUUGGAUGGGGUCUCCUCCAGCCGCCGUACUAUAGCUAUUACUAUCCCAAAGCCCUUAAAUACGCCUUGUUGGGUCAGAGAUUGGCCAGCGCCUUGGUCCAGGCUUUCGACGAUGAGGGAUGGAACCGUCAUCCACAAGCCACCUCCCAGUGGAAUGAGCUAACCAUGGCGGGAUAUCGAAAUGUCAGUGAAUGCCAGCGAGCUCAGUACAGUAGCUAUUUGUAUAAUGAACCAGGAGAGUUUCGGAAUGUCACGAGGCUAAGGGAAAUCAUAGCCGAGGGCAGUGGUCUGAAUAUAGCUUUCAAGGCCUAUUUGGAAUGGCUGGAGCAGCAGGACUACCGGCUGGGUCCUCUUCUCCAAAAGGAAACUCUUCCCCAGCUAAACUUUAGCAACACUCAGCUGUUCUUCCUCUACUUUGCUCAGACACGUUGCUGGGCGAAGGACAACCAGGAAGCCAUACUGGACUCGAUGCCUCUGACGCAGCACACACCGGAGAGAUGGAACGUGAAUGGACCACUGAGCAACUUCGUGGAGUUUGGGCGGGAAUUUGGCUGUGCUCUGGGCACGCCUAUGAACAGCGGGGAUAAAUGUUUGGUUUACUGAUGAAUAAACUAUAA